UGUAGUUACCUCCCUUGUCACAGAAAUCAUUGCAGUGAUACUAAAUGUGCCUGCCAUAGCCUUAUUUUAGCUUACCCUGUAUCUUUUGAUAUUCCCACGUCACUCCCAUCCAAUCCUGUUACAUAUAUCGACCCUGUCUUAUGUUCCCACGUCUCUCCCAUCCAAUCCUGUUACUUAUAUCGACCCUGUCUUAUGUUCCCACGUAUCUCCCAUCCAAUCCUGUUACUUAUAUCGACCCGGUCUUAUGUUCCCACAUCUCUCCCACCCAAUCCUGUUACAUAUAUCGACCCUGUCUUAUGUUCCCACGUCUCUUCCAUCCAAUCCUGUUACAUAUAUAUCGACACUGUCUUAUGUUCCCACGUCUCUCCCAUCCAAUCAUGUUACUUAUAUCAACCCUGUCUUAUGUUCCCACGUCUCUCCCAUCCAAUCAUGUUACUUAUAUCAACCCUGUCUUAUGUUCCCACGUCUCUCCCAUCCAAUCCCGUUACAUAUAUCGACCCUUUCUUAUGUUCCCACGUCUCUCCCAUCCAAUCCUGUUACAUAUAUCGACCCUGUCUUAUGUUCCCACGUCUCUCCCAUCCAAUCCUUUUACACAUAUCGACCCUGUCUUAUGUUCCUAUGUAUCUCCCAUCCAAUCCUGUUACUUAUAUCGACCCUGUCUUAUGUUCACACGUCUCUCCCAUCCAAUCCUGUUUCAUAUAUCGACCCUGUCUUAUGUUCCCACGUCUCUCCCAUCCAAUCCUGUUACAUAUAUCGACCCUGUCUUACGUUCCCACGUCUCUCCCAUCCAAUCCCGGUAAUUUGUCUACAGUAUCUUUUCCCACCCACAUCCGUCCAACAUUAUACUGUAUCUUGUAUUUCCACGUCCCUUUUCUGCAAUCCUGGUAUAUCUGUUCUACAGUACACUUCGUAUAUGCGCUGCAGCGUAUUGCCAGAUUGGCAGGUUGUAUCUCCAUAGUGUAUCAAUAUUAUAGUAAUUCUUUGACUGAAUUGCUCAGGUUCUUUUGUAUGGAACUUUUAAAGCCACAUUGUCCAUCUGAAUAUUGCUCAUAUACAAAAUAUACAACAAAACAUACAGCUGAUCAUGUAGCUAGCCAUCAUUUCAUCUUAUAUAAAUAUACUCAACAUAUUCUGCUAGAUAAUAUAUACCAUCUUUUUGACAUUUUCGAAGAUUAAUUAUUAGUUGUCACUUGAUAUGGAAUAAAAUGUUAUUUAAAAUUAACUCCUGGUUUAAAAAUGUAUUCACUGACAUGCAUACAUUGAUUUAGGCAGAGGUUAAAACUGAACUGAUUAGAAAAAGUGUUUAACCAGUUUAAAACAAAAUCGCAGUUGACAAAUUUCAUUUACGUAGAUUAACAGAUAAUGAAAAUUGCUCGUGUGGAAAUGGGCGUAUUGUGAUUCUUUAACUUAAACCAGGUUUGAUCCUUAUUCAAUGACCCUUUUUCGGAGCAUUUCCACACCACAAAAAAAUACAAUAAUGGUGACAUUUGAAAGAAAAUAAAAAGAUAAAUUGUUCAACACAAACAGAACAUGUUACAUCAGAAAGAAUCCUUCUGUUGUAUGUAAUUAAUGAUAUUUGUGCAUUAACGAUCUCAGUUUAUUUUUUCUUUAAUCAAUAAUUUGGAUAAAAAAUAUAUUAACUCAAAUUUGUGGGCUGCUUUCAAGUUUAUUAAUGCACUAAUUUAAAAAAGGGAAACUUUGAAAUUGCUGAGUGCUGUUUGAUUUAAUGAAUGUUACAUUGAUUGCUGAAAUAAACACUAAAGGGUUGCUGCGGUCUAGCGCCAAAAGAAUUUAACAUUCUAACAUUUUUUAAAUAUGAUGAAUAAGUUCCCACAAAAUAACUGAUGCCGUGUUGAAGGUUUUUUUUUAUAAUCAAGUGCUUCUUCAAGGUAAUCUGGUGAAUAUUUAAGCAGCCUUGCUUAGUCUUUUGAACAUCAACUUACCGUUACAUAUGGGAUUUUUAAGUUAAACACUAACAUGUAUUUUUUCCGUCUUACUUUUCCUUUCCUACUCUAGUGUAUUUUAAAUAGGGGUACAGGUAAACUACCUUAAAUUCAGACACUAAUAAGUUGGUGUAUUCUUCCUUUCCUUUUCCCUUUCAUAACCUAGUGUAUCAGGAAUGCAGGUAAAAUACCUGUAUUUAACAUACUUAUGUAAUCAGAUUACUAAAACGACUUUAAAA